AUGGCAGCUGACAAGAAGAUAGCCACGAAGAAGGUUGCUUCGAAGAAGGUGGCUUCCAAGAAGGUGGCCACUGGCGGCGAGAGGAAGAGGAAGCAUGUUACUGGCAAAUACGUGACCUACAUUAACAAGUUGCUCAAGAACGUCCACACCGACCUCACGAUCACGUCCAAAGCGAUGAGCAUUGUACACAGCUUCGUACUCGACAACUUCUCGCGAAUCUGCGAUGAAGCCAGCAACCUCUGCAAGCGCACCAAGACUAAAACACUUGGGGCUCGCGAAAUCCAAACCGCCGUCCGUCUUAUCCUCCCCGGAGAGCUGUCCAAGCACGCUACCAACGAGGGGGCCAAGGCCGUCACCCACUACGGAAACGCUGCCUAG